GUCAAACAAAAGCAUUUUAUAGAUUUAAUGAAGAAUUGUUACUUUCACACAGAUGGAGGUCCCUUACCUUUCAACAUCAGCUCCCCAGGACAUGGAAACACGUCUGAAGUCUCCAGAGACAACUUUACGUUCUCUUUGUACUACCAGCACUCCACAUCUAUUGCUGCCAUGUUUAUCCUGGCUUAUACUUUCAUUUUUCUCAUGUGCAUGAUUGGCAAUAUGUUGGUGUGUUUCAUUGUCUUAAAGAACAGACAGAUGAGAACAGUCACAAACAUGUUUAUUCUUAACCUGGCAAUCAGCGACUUGCUGGUGGGAAUCUUCUGUAUGCCAACCACUUUAGUGGACAACCUCAUCACAGGUUGCAAAAACGAAUUAUGUAAGGAAAGAAAUCAGGGGCAAUCCUGCUUACAAGCGCAACAUCAGCCACCUUGUUGUUAUCAGCAAUAUGGAGAUUACUGUGCAAAUUUGACUUCCUGAUUUUAAACUGUAAUCAAACUUAAGCUCUUGCAAAUCCCCCAUGUCACCUCUACGAACCUCAAAGGCUGUUAGAAAUGAUCCACAGGUGCUUUUUAUUUAACAUAAAGAAAUUCUACAGAGACUUGAAUUCCUGUGAAGUGCUGGAGGGUGGCUUCUGUAUGAAAUAAUGUUAAAACCGAUAUUGGAAAGUGAUUCUGAAGAAUGGUAGAAAUGUAGUGCUCUUUAAUGUUUUAUUCAAACUUCUCUUUAAGUGGUAUGUGACCCCUGAAGGGUUCUAUAGUGUCUACUCAGUAGAAAUCCCAGAGAAGCUCUUUUGAAUGAUAGCCUUUCCAAUUAUCAAAGAACAUGCCCCUGCCUUAUGCAGUUCUAUUACUUCUUCUAUUUUAUUUUUACAAACCUUGUUUUAGUUUCUAUUAACCCUUUUUCCAUGCAUGAUGAUAAAUAAAUAAUUAGCAAUAGCAUAAAAGGUUACAUAGUUACAUAGUUACAUAGCUACAUAGUUACAUA